AUGCUUGCUGAUAAUAUACAUAAUUGCUCGUUGGAUGAUUUUAUUAAUCUUGAAAAAGUUGGUGAAGGGACAUAUGGUGUAGUGUACAAAUCAAAACAUAAAGUUACAGGGACAAUUUUUGCUAUAAAGAAAGUGAGAAUUGGUGAUGAUAAUGAGGGAGUCCCUCAAACUACUCUUAGAGAAAUAGCCAUGCUUCGUGAAGUUCGACAUCCAAAUAUAGUUUCGUUGGAAGGUGUAGUUUUACAACCUAAAGGAAUAUCUUUGGUAUUUGAAUUCCUUCCUAUGGAUUUAAGAACAUUUAUGGAUCGAAUACCGCGAGGAGAAGUUAUGGAACCGCAGCUUGUAAAAAGUUAUACAUAUCAAGUUUGUCAAGCUAUGUGUUUUUGUCAUCAAAGGAGAAUUUUACAUCGAGAUUUAAAACCGAGUAAUUUACUAGUUGAUAAUUUUGGAUGUAUUAAAUUAGCAGAUUUUGGAUUAGCAAGAACUGUUGGUGUUCCUUUACGUUCAUACACUCAUGAGAUUGUCACACUUUGGUAUCGUUCACCUGAACUAAUGUUAGGAGCUAGGAGAUAUUCAACUGCCGUUGACGUGUGGUCAAUUGCAUGUAUAUUUGCAGAAAUGGCUUCAGGUUUUCCUCUUUUUGAGGGAGACAGUGAAAUAGAUCAACUAUAUAGAAUAUUUCGAAUUCUUGGAACACCUAACGAGGAUAUAUGGCCAGGUGUUGUUAGUUUACCAGAUUAUAAACCAUCUUUUCCAAAAUGGAAAAGUAACAAUAUUGAAGCUCGACUUAUGAAGUAUCUCAAUUGUGAUGGAAUUGAACUGCUGCGUCAAAUGCUAAUCUACGAUCCUGUAAGACGUGCAGAUGUCAAAUAUGUCCUGAAACAUAAAUAUUUUGCUAAUCUAGAUAAAUCAAGACUGCCAUAUGGAAAUUUUAGUGGAGAUAUUUUAAUUGUUAGUUAA